GCUCCGGCAGUCGCGGCGCGGCGAGGGUGACACAUCAUGAUUACAUCCCCUAGAGACCGUCUUGCUGGCGAGCAGCACUCCCUGGCUUCCCGGUCCGCCUCUGCCGCCUCGGCAGCGCUCGGAGCCGGCUGCAGGAGUUGAGCCGUUCCGCACCACAGGGUUUGGCGAAGCCCUUGGAGGCGUACGGGGCAGCAGAGGGCCGGGAAGGGUGCGCGAGCGCUCGAAGGUCAGGCGGUCGGCCGGGGUCGCGGCUGGAGGGGCGUUUCGGAGGCGUGGAGGAGGAGGAGAUGCUGCUCCUCUUUUCCCCCUCCCCAGGCUCCUUCUCCAGCUCCUUCGGCCCACGCUCGCAGCCGCUUGGGGAAGAAGAGGUGGAGGCUCUGGGCGCCCGCGGGGGCUGCCGGCUGCCCACCCCGACGCCGCGUCCCCGCAGCCCUCGUCCCGCGCUCCAGUAGUAGGACCGGGUCUCCGGAAAAGCGGGUAAUAUGCAUGUGACACUAGCUGAGGCCCUGGAGGUUCGGGGUGGACCACUGCAGGAGGAAGAGAUAUGGGCUGUAUUAAAUCAAAGUGCCGAAAGUCUUCAAGAAUUAUUCAGAAAAGUAAGCAUAGCUGAUCCUGCUGCCCUUGGCUUCAUCAUUUCUCCAUGGUCUCUGCUAUUGCUGCCAUCUGGUAGCGUGUCAUUUACAGAUGAAAAUAUUUCCAGUCAGGAUCUUCGAGCAUUCACUGCACCAGAGGUUCUUCAAAAUCAAUCACUAACUUCUCUCUCCGAUGUUGAAAAGAUCCAUAUUUAUUCUCUUGGAAUGACAUUGUAUUGGGGGGCUGAUCAUGAAGUACCUCAGAGCCAGCCUAUCAAGCUUGGAGAUCAUCUCAACAGUAUACUGCUUGGAAUGUGUGAGGAUGUUAUUUAUGCUCGGGUUUCUGUUCGGACUGUCCUGGACGCUUGCAGUGCCCACAUUAGGAAUAGCAAUUGUGCACCCUCAUUUUCCUACGUGAAGCAGUUGGUAAAACUGGUUCUGGGAAAUCUUUCUGGGACGGAUCAGCUUUCCCGUAACAGUGAGCAAAAGCCUGAUCGAAGCCAGACUAUCCGAGACCGAUUGAGAGGAAAAGGAUUACCAACAGGAAGAAGCUCUACUUCUGAUGUACUAGACACAUACAAGUCUCCGUUCUCUCAUCAGACCUUUCUUAACAAAGGGCUUAGUAAAUCUAUGGGAUUUCUGUCCAUCAGAGACACACAAUAUGAAGAAGUUUAUUUCAAGGACAUUUCAUCAGAUAAUAACUCUGGACAUGAAGAUUCUGAAAAUUCUUGCUCCCCUUACCAGUUCAAAACUAGUGGCCCAGAAAAAAAAGCUAUCCCUGGCAUUGAUGCACUUCCCAAGAAGAAGAUUUGGGCUUCAUCCAUGGACUUGCUUUGCACAGGUGACAGAGACAUCUCUUCUGGGGAGACUGACAGACACCAACACUGUCUGCCUGAGGCGGUAACAGUACGGACUUCAACUACUCCUAGGAAAAAGGAGGCAAGAUACUCAGAUGGAAGCAUGGCUUUGGAUAUCUUUGGCCCUCAGAAAAUGGAUCCAGUGUUUCACACACGAGAAUUGCCCACCUCCUCAGCAAUAUCAAGUGCUUUGGACCGAAUCCGAGAAAGACAAAAGAAACUUCAGGUUCUGAGAGAAGCCAUGAAUGAAGAAGAACCAAUUCGAAGAUACAAAACUUACCACAGUGAUAUCUUUAGUACCUGCAGUGAAAGUCCAUCUAUUGUUUCCUCUGAAUCAGAUUUCAGAAAAGUGAGAAAAAGUGAAGUGUCAAAGAGAUUUGAGUCCAACAGUGGUCUCCCAGGGGUAGGUGAAACCCCAAGUCAAGGCCAGUCACAGAGACCAAGCAGACAAUAUGAAACACCCCUUGAAGGCAACUUAAUUAAUCAAGAGAUUAUGCUAAAACGGCAAGAAGAAGAAAUGAUGCAGCUGCAAGCCAGAAUGGCCCUUAGACAGUCUCGACUGAACCUGUAUCCAGGAGACACACUCAAAGCUUCCAUGCUUGACAUCACCAGGGAUCCCUUAAGAGAAAUGGCCCUAGAAACAGCCAUGACCCAAAGAAAACUAAGAAAUUUCUUUGGCCCUGAGUUUGUGAAAAUGACGAUUGAACCAUAUAUAUCUUUGGAUUUGCCGCGGUCUAUCCUUACCAAGAAAGGGAAGAAUGAGGAUAACCGAAGAAAAGUAAACAUAAUGCUUCUAAGUGGACAGAAACUGGAACUGACCUGUGAUACCAAAACUAUAUGUAAAGAUGUGUUUGAUAUGCUUGUGGCCCAUAUUGGCUUAGUGGAACAUCAUUUGUUUGCUUUAGCUACCCUCAAAGAUAAUGAAUAUUUCUUUGUUGAUCCUGAUCUAAAAUUAACCAAAGUGGCCCCAGAGGGAUGGAAAGAAGAACCAAAGAAAAAGAGCAAAGCCUCUGUUAAUUUUACUUUGUUUUUUCGAAUUAAAUUUUUCAUGGAUGAUGUUAGUCUAAUACAACAUACUCUGACCUGUCAUCAGUAUUAUCUUCAGCUGCGAAAAGAUAUCUUGGAGGAGAGGAUGCACUGUGAUGAUGAGACUUCUUUAUUACUAGCAUCCUUGGCUCUACAAGCUGAGUAUGGAGAUUAUCAACCAGAGGUUCACGGUGUGUCUUAUUUUAGACUGGAGCAUUAUUUACCUCCCAGAGUGAUGGAGAAACUUGAUUUAUCCUAUAUUAAAGAAGAGUUACCGAAAUUGCAUAAUACCUAUGUGGGAGCUACUGAAAAAGAGACAGAGUUAGAAUUUUUAAAGGUCUGCCAAAGACUGACAGAAUAUGGAGUUCAUUUUCACCGGGUGCACCCUGAGAAAAAGUCACAAACGGGAAUACUGCUUGGAGUCUGUUCUAAAGGUGUCCUUGUGUUUGAGGUUCACAAUGGAGUUCGCACAUUGGUCCUUCGCUUUCCAUGGAGGGAAACCAAGAAAAUUUCUUUUUCCAAAAAGAAAAUCACAUUGCAGAAUACAUCAGAUGGAAUAAAACAUGCCUUCCAGACAGACAACAGUAAGAUAUGCCAGUACCUGCUGCACCUCUGCUCUUCCCAGCAUAAGUUCCAGCUGCAAAUGAGAGCAAGACAGAGCAACCAAGAUGCCCAGGAUAUCGAGAAAGCUUCAUUUAGGAGCCUGAAUCUCCAAGCAGAGUCCGUUAGAGGAUUUAAUAUGGGACGAGCAAUCAGCACUGGUAGUCUGGCCAGCAGCACCCUGAACAAACUUGCCGUUCGACCUCUGUCAGUUCAAGCUGAGAUUCUGAAGAGGCUAUCCUGCUCAGAGCUGUCGCUUUACCAGCCAUUGCAAAACGGUGCAAAAGAGAAGAGUGACAAAGCUUCUUGGGAGGAAAGGCCUCGAGGGAUGAGUAAAUCAUACCACGAUCUGAGUCAGGCCUCUCUCUAUCCUCAUCGGAAAAAUGUCAUUGUUAACAUGGAAUCCCCACCACAAACCAUUGCGGAGUUGGUAGGAAAACCGUUUCACCAGAUGGCGAGAUCUGAUACGGAAUCUUUGGCAGGAUUCACAAAACUUAAUAAUUCAAAGUCUGUUGCAAGUUUAAAUAGAAGUCCUGAAAGGAGGAAACAGGAAUCAGACUCCUCAUCCUUUGAAGACCCUGGUCAAGCAUAUGUUAUAGGAAUGACUUUGCAUAGUUCUGGAAAUUCUUCAUCCCAAGUACCCUUAAAAGAAAAUGAUGUGCUGCACAAAAGAUGGAGCAUAGUAUCUUCACCAGAAAGGGAGAUCACCCUGGUUAACCUGAAAAAAGAUACAAAGUAUGGCUUAGGAUUUCAAAUUAUUGGUGGAGAAAAGAUGGGAAGACUGGAUCUAGGUAUAUUUAUUAGUUCAAUUACCCCUGGAGGACCAGCUGACUUGGAUGGAUGCUUAAAGCCAGGAGACCGUUUGAUAUCUGUGAAUAGUGUGAGUCUGGAGGGGGUCAGCCACCAUGCUGCAAUUGAAAUUUUGCAAAAUGCACCUGAAGACGUGACACUUGUUAUCUCUCAGCCAAAAGAAAAGAUAUCCAAAGUGCCUUCUGCUCCUGUGCACAUUGGCAUUGGCAUGAAAAACUACAUGAAGAAAGCUUCCUACGUGCAAGACAGUGCUGUAAAUUCUUCUGAGGAUCACUGCUGGCCACGUGGCACCCCAGGGCACACCUCAGAUAGCUCAUUUGGGCUGUCUGGGGGCCUGCGGGAGGGAAGCCUGAGUUCUCAAGAUUCCAGGACUGAGAGUGCCAGCUUGUCCCAGAGCCAGGUCAAUGGUUUCUUUGUCAGCCAUGUAGGUGACCGAAGCUGGCAGGAAUCAAAGCACGGCAGCCCUUCCCCAUCUGUGAUAUCCAAAGCCACUGAGAAAAAGGGGACUUCUACUGACAAUAACCAAAGCAAAGCUAAAAAAGCAGGCAUUUAUGAUGCAACAGAUUACUCUGACCGUGGAGAUUCAGACAUGGAUGAAGCCACUUAUUCCAGCAGUCAGGAUCAUCAAACACAAAAAAAGGAAUCUUCCUCCUCAAUGAAUACAUCCAACAAAAUGAAUUUUAAAACUUUUCCUUCAUCACCUCCUAAACCUGGAGAUAUCUUUGAGGUUGAACUGGCUAAAAAUGAAAACAGCUUGGGAAUAAGUGUCACGGUACUGUUUGACAAGGGAGGUGUGAAUACCAGUGUCAGACAUGGUGGCAUUUAUGUGAAAGCUGUUAUUCCCAAGGGAGCAGCAGAGUCCGAUGGCAGAAUUCACAAAGGUGAUCGUGUCCUAGCUGUCAAUGGAGUUAGUCUGGAAGGAGCUACUCAUAAGCAAGCUGUGGAGACACUGAGAAAUACAGGACAGGUGGUUCAUCUGUUGUUAGAAAAGGGACAGUCUCCAGCAUCCAAAGAACAUGUCCCUGUAACCCCACAGUGUACCCUCUCAGAUCCAGAUGCCCAAAGUCAAGCCCCAGAAAAAAUGAUGAAGAAAAUGACUCACAUAAAAGACUACAGCUUUGUUACUGAAGAGAAUACAUUUGAGGUGAAAUUGUUUAAAAAUAGCUCAGGCCUAGGGUUCAGUUUUUCUCGAGAAGAUAAUCUUAUACCCGAACAAAUGAACAUCAGCAUAGUAAGGGUUAAAAAGCUUUUUCCGGGACAGCCAGCAGCAGAAAGUGGACAAAUUGAUGUGGGAGAUGUUAUCUUGAAAGUGAAUGGAGCCUCUUUGAAAGGACUGUCUCAGCAGGAAGUCAUAUCCACUCUCAGGGGAACAUCUCCAGAAGUAUCCUUGCUUCUCUGUAGACCACCACCUGGUGUGCUACCAGAAAUCGACCCUGCUCCUUUGACCCCACUGCACUCUCCAGCACAAGUACCUCCAAACAACAACAGUAAAGACCCUCUUCAGACAGCAUGUGUGGAGCAAGGCACCAGCUCAGAUGAAAAUGAAAUGUCUGACAAAAGCAAGAAACCAUGCACGUCCCCAUCCAGGAGAGACAGUUAUAGUGACAGUAGUGGGAGUGGAGAAGACGACUUAGUGAAAGCUCCAGCAAAGAUACCAAACAUGAGCUGGAGUUCAGCUUUGCAUCAGACUCUAAGCAACAUGGUGUCACAGGCACAAAGUCAACAUGACGCACUUAUGAGUCAAGAAACUACCAUUUGUACCAUGUUUUACUAUCCUCAGAAAACACCUAAUAAACCAGAACUUGAGGACAGUAAUCCUUCCCCUCGACCACCCCAUGUAACUCCUGGGCAGAGUUGUCAAUCUCAGUCAGAAUCUGCUUCCACUAAUGCAAUGGAUAAAUAUCAUAAAUGUCAUACUUCUGAGCCAACUAGACAGGAAAGCUUGACGUCUUUGAAAAAUGACUUGGAAAACCACCUUGAAGACUUUGAACUGGAGAUGAUAGAACUCCACAUUACCCUAAUUAAGUCGGAAAAAGGAAGCCUGGGUUUUACAGUAACCAAAGGCAAUCAGAGUAUUGGUUGUUAUGUUCAUGAUGUCAUUCAGGAUCCAGCCAAAAGUGAUGGAAGGCUAAGACCUGGGGACCGGCUCAUAAAGGUUAAUGAUACAGAUGUUACAAAAAUGACUCACACAGAUGCAGUGAAUCUACUCCGAGCUGCACCCAAGACAGUCAGAUUAGUUCUUGGCCGAGUUCUAGAAUUACCCAGGAUGCUAAUGCUGCCUGAUUUGCUACCUGACAUUACAUUUACAUGCAACAAAGAGGAGCUGGGUUUUUCCUUAUCUGGAGGUCACGACAGCCUUCAUCAAGUGGUAUAUGUUAGUGAUAUCAAUCCAAGGUCAGUUGCAGCCACUGAGGGUAAUCUCCAGCUCUUAGACAUCAUCCACUAUGUGAACGGAGUCAGCACACAAGGAAUGACUUUGGAAGAAGCUAGGAGAGCAUUAGACAUGUCACUGCCUUCAGUGGUGCUGAAAGCAACAAGAAAUGGUCAUCCAGUGGUUCCCAGUUCUAAGAUGUCUGCUGUUUCAGCUCCAAAGUCAGCCAAAGCCAAUGGUCAUCACAUUGUGGAGCCUUGUGGCAAACCGGCCCUCACACCUAAUAACUCAUUCUCCAAGGUUAAUGGGAAAGAAAUAAUUGAAAUUUUGUACCCUGAAAGAAAAUGUUCUACUUAUCAGAUGAAGGAAUCAGCAGACCUGAUUCUAUCCAAAGAAUCUGAUGUACAAGAAGAUGAUAUUUAUGAUGAUCCUCAAGAAGCUGAAGUUAUCCAGUCUCUGCUGGAUGUUGUGGAUGAGGAAGCUCAGAAUCUUUUAAACCAAAAUAAUGCAGCACGAGAUGCCUGUGCUCCAGGUGCAUUGAAAACCAGUGGGAAGUUAUGUGAAGAGAGAGCAGAAGAUACAGACUAUGAUGGUUCACCUUUACCUGCAGAGUUUACGGAGUCUACCAAAAUGAACGGCUGUGAAGAAUAUUGUGAAGAAAAAGUAAAAACUGAAAGCUUAAUUCACAAGUCAGCAGAAAAGAAGACUGAUGAUGAUGAUGAAAUAACAUGGGGAAGUGAUGAAUUGCCAAUAGAAGUGACAAACCACGAAGAUUCCAAUAAAGGUCAUCCCUUUCUGACAAAUGAGGAGCUCACCACACUCUCCAUUGUCAAAGUGCUUCCCUCCAGUAAAUACACCGGUACGGAGUUGAAAUCAGUCAUUCGAAUGUUGCGGGGUUUACUAGAUCAAGGAAUUCCGUCUAAGGAGCUAGAGAAUCUUCAAGAAUUAAAACCUCUGGAUCAGUGUCUAAUUGGACAGACUAAGGAAAACAGAAGGAAGAACCGAUAUAAAAAUAUACUUCCCUACGAUGCUACAAGAGUGCCUCUUGGAGAUGAAGGUGGAUAUAUCAACGCCAGCUUCAUUAAGAUACCAGUGGGGAGAGAAGAAUUCGUCUACAUUGCCUGCCAAGGACCUCUCCCUACAACCGUUGGAGAUUUCUGGCAGAUGAUUUGGGAACAAAAAUCCACAGUGAUAGCCAUGAUGACCCAAGAAGUAGAAGGGGAAAAAGUCAAAUGCCAGCGCUAUUGGCCUAAUGUCCUAGGCAAAACAACAAUGGUCAGCAACAGGCUUCGACUGGCUCUUGUGAGAGUGCAGCAGCUAAAGGGCUUUGUGGUAAGGGCAAUGACCCUAGAAGACAUUCAGACAGGAGAGGUGCGACAUAUUUCUCAUCUGAAUUUCACUGCCUGGCCAGACCAUGCUACACCUUCUCAGCCAGACGACUUGCUCACUUUUAUCUCUUACAUGAGACACAUUCAUAGAUCAGGCCCAAUCACCACACACUGCAGCGCCGGCAUUGGACGUUCAGGGACCCUGAUAUGCAUAGAUGUGGUUCUAGGAUUAAUCAGUCAAGAUCUUGAAUUUGACAUCUCUGAUUUAGUGCGAUGCAUGAGACUACAAAGACAUGGAAUGGUUCAGACAGAGGAUCAGUAUAUUUUCUGCUAUCAAGUCAUCCUUUAUGUCCUGACACGUCUUCAAGCUGAAGAAGAGGAGAAAGAGCAGGCCCAGCCUCUGAAAUGACAUGACAAGAACAGCCUUCUGGAUGUCUGUCCACUUCUCUCCUAACUUCCAGCAGAUGCUCCUGCUGUCUAUUUAAAAUAAAGAUCACAGGGCAGUAAGUCCAUAAAACAUCAUUAUGCUUAUUCUCCUCUACCUUAGAGGGGCAUUCUUAAUAACAAUAAAUAAUGGUAAAUGCUGUAUUUUUACAGCUACUUUAACCUGUGAUAAUUAUCGAAGAUUUUUUUAACACUAACUGAAUAAUGCAUAUCUUAGGGAUGAUUAAGGCAGCAUUUGACUAUAGCUGACAUUGUUACAAGGACACACUGAGACUAUUUUUAAUGCACCAAUCUUGUUUAUAGCGAAAUUAUUUUCCAGUAUUUUUUAAAAACUAGAGCUAUUUUAUAGGGGAUAUUUGAAACCAGUAUUUAAGCUUUAAAUGACAGUAAUAUUGGCAUAGAGAAAAAGGUAGCAAAUGUUUACUAUAUCAAUUUCUAAUGUUUACUAUCUAGAACUUCCUGUAAUAUAUUUAUAUACUUUUUCAUGAAAAUGGACAUAUCAAAUGUUUGUAACUGCAUCAUGUUAUACAUCAUCUCACUUUGUAAAUAAAAAUACACAUUAAAA